AUGCCGGUGAUAACCGAUCAGAUACUAAAUAAAUACAUUGUAAUUUCUCUAUUUUGUAUGCAGUUUAGUAAUACGAUGUCUGCACGAUGGGCGUAUUUGCUUAUUUCAUUUUUAUCGGUAGUACAUAAAGACGUGGCAAAACAGGUGUGUGAUGGCGAAUCUUUGAUAAAAAAUAACGGAAAGUUGUCUAAGGAAGACAUUGUUGAUUUAAUAUCUGUUGACAAUCAGUCACAGAUUAAAAUGUGUUUGGUUGUACUCGGAAAACAUCCAUUGGAAACGGGAAUCGCUGAACUGUUAUGGAGAGAUUUAGUGAAAGUUUAUAAAACAGCCAAUGAUAUUCCCGAAGACGAACUACAGCUGUUAGGGUGGAUAUCGACCGGAAUACCUGCUCCAGAUUUUAUGAAUUUGUCUUUGACGGAUAUCGACACGAUAUCAUCAUUCGGGAAAUGGAGAAACUUUUCUAAAGAACAGCUCGUGUCUUUAAAACAAGCGAUCGAAGACCAAUGGAGUUACAAAGGACCUUCUGAUUUGAGCAGUUAUGACUUAGCUGCUUUAGGUCAAGUUUUGUGCGAGUUCAAUAAAUCAUAUAUAGCUGCGAUUAAACCAAUAGCAUACAAGGCUGCGGCGGCUGAUAUAUCAAAUCUCGUCAAUUGUCCGCUAGAGAUCAUAAAAGAAUUUGCUUCACUAGCUACCAACAGAGACGCAUUCGGUGAUCCUUCGGGAUGGACUGCUAUACAAGUAGCAUUGAUCGGGUGUGUGAUAGUCGGAUUGGAUUCUGUGCGUGAUAUUCAGCCCGACGCCUUUGAAGGACUGUCCGCUCCUAACAUGCAAUGUUUAUCGAACAACGUACUACAGGCGAUGUCAAUAGAACAGCUAUCGCAUUUGUCAUUGUCUGCCGUCAACGCGCUUACGUAUGCACAGCGUUCGUCAUUAGAUCGCGAACAGAUCAAAGCCAUCCAAGAAACGGCGAAUACAUUGGGCGCAGUACUAAACGGCGGAUGUUUCACGAGUCGUAUGGCUUGGUCGACGGUGACGUUAAUCGCUUAUUUACAGUUAACGACAUUAAUAAUAUCAUAA